AUUGCGCAUGCGUACAAUGCGAAGAACAUCAUGGGUCACGUCUGACGUUGGAUCAACUAGAUACGUUGCUAAAUUUAUAAACUAGCUAUAUAUUUUUUUAUCACAGACAUGACACGUUAACUCUGCACUUUUCAUAUUUUGUACUGUUAGCUAGACAUAUUUGACUACAUUGUUUAGCGUCACCUGAAAGAAAGAAAUCAUGACUGCCAACGAGGAUCAAGAGAUGGAGUUAGAAGCACUUCGUUCUAUAUACGAGGGGGAUGAGUGCUUCAAGGAAGUCAGCCCAGUUUCUUUUCAGUUUAGGAUAGGAGAACAUGAUGACUCCAAAGCGUUCAUUCUGGAUAUUUCAUGGCCUGAGAUGUAUCCUGAAACGGCACCUGAAAUUUCUCUAGGUGGCUUUUUCAACAAAAAAAUAUCUUCAGAGACCAAGCAGCUGAUCAUCUCUGGGUUGGAGGAGCAGGUGGAGGCCAACCUGGGCACUGCCAUGAUGUACACCCUGUUCGAGUGGGCCAAAGACAACCAGGAAGCUCUGAUGGAGAACCACCAAGCCGUGGUCACUGCCGUGACGCUGACAUCUAACAGUGAUCUCAACGCCCCAGCCAAGAAGAAAGAGAAGAAGGAACAGCUGACCAAAUCACAGAAGAGGAAGAUAACAUGUAGAACUGAUAACAAGGGGGAGCUCCCCAGAGGCUGGGACUGGGUCGACGUCAUCAAGGUAUAUUCCGUUCAGUCAGUUCACGGCAGUUGAUUUUGUGCCGACUAUUUUUGUUGUCCUGUAUGAUUUUUCAUUUUAUUUCAUAAGACCACCCGUGCUUUUGAUAGCACCAUUGCUGCCAAUAGCGCCAUUGUUCAUCAUUUUAAUGUCUCUCCUUUCUUGCAUCUUCAACUUGUUGAACAUGACACUCCAGCAUGUAAGUACAAUGGAAAAACGAUACAUAUUUCGCAAUAUACAUAUAAAAAAAACAUGCCCCAUCUGAGCUUACUGUGGUUUCUAAAUGCUUUUCAUAUUAUAUUGUCGUUUUUCAGUUGAGCAGAACAGGCGGUAAAGAGGAAGACUAGAAUGCCGUGGAGGAGGUGGAGAGGUCUCUGGUACUGCUUUUACCAGGAAGUGAAGUUUCCCGACCUCACUCAGACCACCUGACCGCUGCUCUGUAGACUCCUUCCAGUCUGCCCCAAAGACACCACACUCAAGACGGGCGCUUUUUCGCUCCAAGGGAAGACGGGGUCCUCUACACCUGAACACAAUCAAUAGUUGUCAAAGCUGUCAUUUUGAGAGGGUGUCACACAUGCAGGUGGUUUAGUGUCAUAUCGGAAGGAGUAUAAAAUGUGGCUUUUUUUUUAUUUUUAUGAACUGUUUUCAUUUGCUUGGAAGAGACCCCCAAUGUGUGUGACUAAUUUUGGUUUUAACGGUGGUGAUGACGGUGAAUUGCAGUGUGAGCUGCAUAGAAACGAACGAAGGCUUGUAAGGGGUGUGUGCUAGUAUUUGUGCUGUCGAGUGAAUGGUGAAGGGGUGGCAGUGUCAUCUGUUUUCACUAGUACUGUAUGCUUGUCGAAGUGGAAUGAUCUGGACUUCUUGUUACCAUGAGCCAGACUUACAUGUACUGGCAUCACUGCCGGGGAAUUGAAAAUAGGUCCACUGUGAGACCGGUUCAGUUGCUAGGCAUCGGGAGCUGUAAAACGUGCUUUACCAGGGGUGUCAAAGUAUGGCUGUAUGACUUUAGGAUCCUCGGUGUAUCAUGAUGUGGUGUGGAACAUAAACUCAACAUGUUAUGAAGGACACAACAACUGAAUAUGUGAUAUUGUGCCCCUUUAAUUUAGAGACGUGCUGGAGAAACAUUCGGGGUUUUUUUAAAUAAAAAAAUGAUUAC